AUGAAGGUGGCUCUCUGGGUCUUGGACCUUGGCAUCCUCCUCCUCAGGACCAGGGCCGCCCCCACUGGUGGACCCGAUGACCUGCGGUUGGCCUACCGGCCCAGUCCAUGCGACGGGGUGGUGCUGGUCUGGCAUGAAGGGGCCUGGGGACACGUGUGCAACUGGGAGUGUACGCUGAAGGAGGCGUCCGUGGUCUGCAGGCAGCUGGGCUGCGGCUGGGCCGUGGGCGCCCCCAAGUAUGUCCCGCUGCCCAGAGAGGCGGUGCGGCCCUGGCUCCACAAUGUGUCCUGCAGGGGAGACGAGGCCUCCCUCUGGGGGUGCAAACUGGGGGCCUGGACGAAGAGCGAGUGCCCCUACGAGUGGGUGGUGGUGGCUCUGUGUUCCAGUGGCACUUUCCGGGAGGUGCGGCUGGUGAAGGGCCGGAGCCCCUGUGCGGGGCUCCCUGAGAUCAGGAAUGUGAACGGGGUGGAUCAUCUCUGUGGCCUGCACCGGGAGGAGGCCACAGUGUUCUGCCGGGAGCUGGGGUGUGGCCCUGCCCUGCAGGCCCCCUGUCAAGAUGGCAGCAUCGCCAGGAAGUACACGACUUGUGUGGGCGAUGAGCUGACCAUCCGGAAUUGCAGACUGAACAACAAGUUCCGCAGUGGCUGCGACUUCCAGCGAGAUGCCCAGGUGGUCUGCUCAGGACACAUGGAGGCCAGGCUGGUGGGUGGCGAGCACUCCUGUGCUGGGCGCCUGGAGGUAAGGCGGGGCCUGACCUGGGGCACUGUCUGUGACGCUGACCUGGACCUGGCCACUGCCCACGUGGUGUGCCGGGAGCUGCAGUGUGGCAUGGCCGUGUCCACACCCAAGGGCACCCACUUCGGCCAGGGCUCGGGGCUCGUGUGGACCGAGGCCUUCCGCUGUGUGGGCAAUGAGUCCCUGCUGUUCCACUGCCCUCGGGCCGGGCACCAGUGUGGGCACGGCCAGGAUGCGGGGCUCAGGUGCUCAGAGUUCCGGCUGGUCAACGGCAGCAGCGCCUGCGAGGGGCGCGUGGAGCUCCAGGUCCAGGGGGCCGGGGCGCCCCUCUGUGCCGCCCACUGGGACCUGGCAGACGCCACUGUCCUCUGCCACCAGCUCGACUGUGGGAACGCGGUGGCCACGCCCCCAGGGGGCCACGUUGGGGGCGGGGCCUCCGCCCUCUGGCCAGACAAGGUGCACUGCGCGGGGACAGAGUCCCACCUGUGGGACUGCCCCGUGAGCACCCUGGGGGCGCCCGCGUGUGGCCCCGGCCAUGCAGCCGCCGCCGUCUGCUCAGGUCUCCCCGACGCCCUGCGGCUGAGGGACGGACAGAGCCGCUGCGAUGGCCGCGUGGAGGUGUCCCUGGACGGGGUGUGGGGCCGCGUCCUGGACGAGGCCUGGGACCUGCGCGGCGCAGCCGUCGUCUGCAGGCAGCUGGGCUGCGGCGCGGCGGAGCGAGCUUACGAGGUGGCGGCGCCUGCGCGCGGGACGGUGCCCCUGGGGCUCAGCCGCGUGCCCUGUGCAGGCACCGAGCCCCGCCUGACGCGGUGCAGUGUGUCCGCGGCCCCGCUGGUGUCCGCGGGGGUGUCGCGGGACGCGGGCGUCGUGUGCUCCGGUGUGCAGGCCCAGCCCCCAGGACCCCCUCCUGGGGCCCCAGCGCCCUGACUUGGCCUCUCCGUCUGCAGGGAACCUCCAGGUGCGCCUGGCCGCGGGGCCGGGUGCUGUGCGGGGCGCGUGGAGCUGCUCCACGCGGGCGAGUGGGGCACCGUGUGUGACGACAGCUGGGACCUGCGGGACGCCCAGGUGGUCUGCCGGCAGCUGGGCUGCGGGCACGCGCUCAGCUCCCCGGGGGCCGCACACUUCGGGGCCGGGGCCGGGCGCAUCUGGAUGGACGAGCUGGCCUGUGAGGGCCACGAGGCCGCGCUGUGGCGGUGCCCGUCGGGAGGCUGGGGCCGACACGACUGCGGCCACAAGGAGGACGCCGGUGUCCUCUGCUCAGAGGCAGGGGCCCUGAGGCUGUGCGGUGGCGCCGGGCCCUGUGCCGGGCGGUGGGACGUGUUCCACAGCGGAACGUGGGGGGCCGUGUGCAGUAACGCCCUGAAGGACGCCUGCUUGUCCAUCAUCUGCCAGCAGCUGGGCUGGGGAGCAGGGCUGGCUGGAGAACAGGCCGGGGCACAGCAGCCUGGACACCUCCUGGGUGGACAACAUCCAGUGCCGCCGGCUGCGGAACUCCACGCUGUGGCCGUGCCCCUCAGCCCCCUGGCACCCGCGCUCUUGCACCCGUGGAGAGGAAGUCUGGAUCACCUGUGCAGGAUCAUCAGGGACAACGACGCAGGAUUCCGGGGAGGCCCUCAAUUGCUCCUUGAUGGGCAGCUGCCCAGAGGAGGGCGAGCUGCGCGCUCGGGGCCCGUGUGGCUGGAUGAGUUGGGGUGCCGGGGCUGCGAGGCCUCCCUGUGGGGCUGCCCGGCGGAGCCGUGGGGCCGCGGAGACUGCGGGCACAAGGAGGACGCGGGCGUGCGCUGCGCGGGCAGCCCUCUGGUCCUGGCGCCUGCCCUCGAGGCUGGGACUCUGCCCAUGACCCUCGGCCUGGCCCUCGGCCCCCUGCUGCUCGUCAUCUCCCUGGUCCUGGGGGCUUGGUGGUUCCGGGCCAGAGGUGCCUGCAGGGCUGGGGACAGCUCCCACAUGCUGUGCCUGGGGAAGCGUGUGGCCGCUGCUAUCCGUUCUGGAAUGCUGGGGAGCCUGCCCUCAGAAGGUGUUUAUGAGGACAUUGGAGCUGCCCCCGCCGGGGAGAAAGACGAGGCUGCUGGAGCGUCCGGGGCCGUGGUGCCGGAGGAGGAGUAUGACGACGUGGCGGAGCCCGAGCCCGAGGAGGGCGACGCGGAGGAGGGCGGCGCGGAGGAGGGCGCUCCCCUGAGUCCCACGGUGCAGGCGGGGCUCUUCAUAGCCCGGGCCUCCUCACACCUCAGGCUGGGAAGGAAGACCCCAGUGGCCUCUGCCCUGGGACGUGCUGACCACGAGCCGGCUGCAGGGGACAUCAGGCGGGCCCCCAGCCAGGGCCUGGUGAGCAGGUACCGCUGGGCGGGAGGGCGGGAAGCAUGGGUGUCUGCAGGUGGCCACGCCCCCACCUCCUCGGCGGCCAAGGGAGAGAGGCCUCGCUCCCUGCUCCAGGGCAGGCGGUGCAUGGGCCUCGCUUGGGGCUGCGCGCUGGGGCCGUGGGGCCGUGGGGGCUGCCCGUGUGGAUGCGUGAGCACCGCGCGGCCCAGGGUUCAGGGGACUCUCACCUUCACGACCAUCUCCUGCGCGGCGCUCCGACCCCACCCCCAGGCCAACCCCACCUCCUGGCCCGUGGCUGAGGGAGGCUCGCCUCUGGCCCUCUCCGCUCUGGCGAGGAGCCCACCGAAGCUCUGGAAGCCAGAGGGCAAGGGGUGCGUUCCUGCCGCGAUGCCGGGCACCUGGCUGCGUAGCUCGAUGCACCUUCCGGCUGCCUCCCUCCCCGGGGUCCUGGGAGGGAGGGAAGGGCCUUUCUGCCCCAGUGCCCUGAUUCCUGCACGCGGAGAGAUGCCCUCAUGGCGGCAGGGCUCAGAGUCUCCCUGCAGUUUCUCCCCUGCCAUCCGGAGAGUGAGGGCCACACUGCUCAUGCCCUCUCAGGCCCCCGGGGGCUUCUGUGCCCCGAGUGGAGGUCAGUCAUCUCUGUGUGUCCUCUCCUCCCCUGCCCUGCCCCAGCCCCAGGGCCCCCGGCUGCUGCAGGACCAGGCAUUCAGCCGUCGGCACCGGGCAGGCCUCGCGCCACCAGGGCUGAGGACGCCCACUUCAGCAGCGCAGCCCCAGGGCGUUCACUGUGGCAGCUGGGCAGGCUGCAUCAUGAGGCUCCCUCUCUGCCUCCUGGGCCUUGGGCCCCUUGUGCUCACCCUCCAGGCUGCUCUCCCAGAGCCCCCUUGUCCUCUGGGGGUGGAGGUGGCAGCCUUGAGGUUUGGAGACAAGGGCCUGGAUGCUACUUCAGAGGCCCAAGGCCCAGGGAUCCGGCCCGAGUUGGGGCAGAUGCCCUGGGGCUCCUUCUGCAGCACCUUCAUGAUGAAGAUGCAGGCAUCAGGGGAGGUCCCGGGUCCUGAGAUCAUGGCUCAGCCCUGGCUGCAUGGCCUGACCUGCCAGGGCAACGAGUCCUCCAUCCAGGAUGGAGGAGCCAGGCAGGGGGACCUGGGAGCUGGGAGCUCGGCCGUGAGGAACGGGGAGGACCCACUCCCCAAGGAGCAGGCAGGAACCCUGCAGCCUGAGAGGUGUACCUGCAAGGCCAGUGACAUGGCUGCCUUCUCUGAGACGCGCUCCUUUGCAGGGGGUCUGGAGGUGGUGGUAAAGCUGGUGGGUGGAAGGAGCCCCUGCGCUGGCGUCUCGGGGCUGGAGCACUUCAACCAGACACUAACUUCCUGUGACCCGCAGUCAGUCGAGGCCGGCACUGUCUUCUGCAAGGAACUGGGGUGCGGCUCAAUGCUCCAGGCUCCCAGCCCCCCACCAGAGACAGAAGGUCCCAGAAAGGGGCAGCAGUUUGUUGUCUGUGAGGGCUCUGAGCCAACCGUCCUGAACUGCAAGAUCAACUGGGCAAACUUCAAGCCUUGUGUCUCACAUGGUGAGGUGAUCUGCUCAGAACCUCAGCCACAGAAGCAGCAGGAGGAGUGGGUGCAGGGCAGCCGGCUGUGCAGGGCUCCCUGGUCUGGACGGGAUGAGAAGCUGGCAGCCCAGGUCCCAUGCUCCUCGGGAGGCCUGCUGGCUUUCCCUGUCUCCACCUGCCACCUCAGGGUCACAGGCACUUGCCACCAUGCAGUGCUUAGAGGCAGCCUGGCGGUGGGGGCAGAAACACGAAGAUGGCCGUCCAGGAGGGAUGGCCACAACUGCUUUGUGACCACUGCGGACCAAUGUGUGGCAAGUGAGAGGCUCCAACGGCCCCAGGAAGUCGUAAGAGGGACUGGAUGUAAGAAGAGACCACUGUGGGUGUGGGGAGCCCCCCGGGGGGGUGGUCCCUGGGUGCAAGGGAGAGUACCCAUGAAACCACUGAAGAGGGAAGGAUGGUGUGAACUCUCUGUGCCCACAGGACAUAUGGAGGCCAGGCUGGUGGGUGGUGAGCACUCCUGUGCUGGGCGCCUGGAGGUGAAGCGGGGCCUGACCUGGGGCACCGUCUGUGAUGCUGACCUGGACCUGGCCACUGCCCACGUGGUGUGCCGGGAGCUGCAGUGUGGCAUGGCCGUGUCCACACCCAAGGGCACCCACUUUGGCCAGGGCUCGGGGCUCGUGUGGACCGAGGCCUUCCGCUGUGUGGGCAAUGAGUCCCUGCUGUUCCACUGCCCUCGGGCCGGGCACCAGUGUGGGCACGGCCAGGAUGCGGGGCUCAGGUGCUCAGAGUUCCGGCUGGUCAACGGCAGCAGCGCCUGCGAGGGGCGCGUGGAGCUCCAGGUCCAGGGGGCCGGGGCGCCCCUCUGUGCCGCCCACUGGGACCUGGCAGACGCCACUGUCCUCUGCCACCAGCUCGACUGUGGGAACGCGGUGGCCACGCCCCCAGGGGGCCACGUUGGGGGCGGGGCCUCCGCCCUCUGGCCAGACAAGGUGCACUGCGCGGGGACAGAGUCCCACCUGUGGGACUGCCCCGUGAGCACCCUGGGGGCGCCCGCGUGUGGCCCCGGCCAUGCAGCCGCCGCCGUCUGCUCAGGUCUCCCCGACGCCCUGCGGCUGAGGGACGGACAGAGCCGCUGCGAUGGCCGCGUGGAGGUGUCCCUGGACGGGGUGUGGGGCCGCGUCCUGGACGAGGCCUGGGACCUGCGCGGCGCAGCCGUCGUCUGCAGGCAGCUGGGCUGCGGGCACGCGCUCAGCUCCCCGGGGGCCGCACACUUCGGGGCCGGGGCCGGGCGCAUCUGGAUGGACGAGCUGGCCUGUGAGGGCCACGAGGCCGCGCUGUGGCGGUGCCCGUCGGGAGACUGGGGCCGACACGACUGCGGCCACAAGGAGGACGCCGGUGUCCUCUGCUCAGAGGCAGGGGCCCUGAGGCUGUGCGGUGGCGCCGGGCCCUGUGCCGGGCGGUGGGACGUGUUCCACAGCGGAACGUGGGGGGCCGUGUGCAGUAACGCCCUGAAGGACGCCUGCUUGUCCAUCAUCUGCCAGCAGCUGGGCUGCGGGGAGCAGGGCUGGCUGGAGAACAGGCCGGGGCACAGCAGCCUGGACACCUCCUGGGUGGACAACAUCCAGUGCCGCCGGCUGCGGAACUCCACGCUGUGGCCGUGCCCCUCAGCCCCCUGGCACCCGCGCUCUUGCACCCGUGGAGAGGAAGUCUGGAUCACCUGUGCAGGAUCAUCAGGGACAACGACGCAGGAUUCCGGGGAGGCCCUCAAUUGCUCCUUGAUGGGCAGCUGCCCAGAGGAGGGCGAGCUGCGCGUGCGCGGGGGUGAGGACCGCUGCUCCGGCCGCGUGGAGCUCUGGCUCGCGGGCUCCUGGGGCACCGUGUGUGAUGACUCCUGGGACCUGGCGGACGCUGAGGUCGUGUGCCGGCAGCUGGGGUGCGGCUGGGCUGUGGGCGCCCUGGCGGGGGCCGCCUUCGAACCAGGCUCGGGGCCCGUGUGGCUGGAUGAGUUGGGGUGCCGGGGCUGCGAGGCCUCCCUGUGGGGCUGCCCGGCGGAGCCGUGGGGCCGCGGAGACUGCGGGCACAAGGAGGACGCGGGCGUGCGCUGCGCGGGACAUGUGGAGUCCAGCCAGGCACCCCUGCCAGGCUCACAGGGGACCCUGCCUACCACCAUGGCCAUCAUCAUCCUGGGGGCACUGCUCGGCCUUGUCUUCAGUGGGCUGGCGGCUAGGAUGUUGCUUGGGAAGCUGCGGGGCAGGGGUGACCUGCCCGCAGAGGACAUGCCCGUCAUGCUGCAGGCAGGUAGCCCCCUGCAGAUGGGACAGGAGCCCCCCUUGCAGGCGUCCUCGGGCUCCAGCUAUGACGACAUGGGCGCGGCGUGCACAGGGCUGUGAGCCCACCGCUCCUUCUCCACCUGCUCUUCUGCCCUGGGGCGGUUCCAGGGCGAGCUUCGGUUUUUCCUAGGUUUGACAGAUUUGUCUUUGGAAGCUUCCUUAACAAUCUCCUCCUCUCCUGACUAA